UGCGUUAAAUCGAGAAAGGAAAAAAGGCCUGAGCUUUAUCUAUAUAACAGGAUUUUUUUUUCUUGUCCCCCCCCUCCUUAUAUAUUAUACGAGGAACCGUUGCUGGCUGGUGUAUGUGUUUAGAAUGGGACACACUGAAGGUCCAGUCAAAGAAAAAGACAGUUAAGGAUGCAGGAGCCCAACAAUGGAUUUCUCCUUCUCUUUCAUGCAAGGGAUCAUGGGAAAUACAAUUCAGCAACCCCCUCAGCUCAUUGACUCAGCCAACAUCAGACAGGAAGGCACCUGCGACAGUGACCCCGGCGAGGAUGGUGGUCCCUCCUACGAUGCUGCCCUGGAUGCAGAGUUCUCUUACCCGCCGGCGGCGUCGGAGGACAUGUCUCACGUCUCCAACGGCUACCCGCCCGGCCUGGGCAUGUAUGAGCCACAGGCCAAGUUCUCCAUGUACUCGCAGUUCCCCAACGGCUCGGCCAACGGCUACGGGGCCAUACGGAGCUACGGCGACCACGUCCUCAUGCCGGGGGAGGGGACGGUCCUGAGGGGCCCGGGUCUCCAGGAGCGGCCUUUGUCCCCCGUGUCCCCGCCUCUGCACCCGCACCUCCACCACCAUCACCCCCAUCACCACCUACUCCACCACGGCACCCACCACUUCCACUCGAACCUGCCUCACAUACAAACCCAAGCUCACCCGCAGAGUCCCCCGCCGCCGCCCCCGCCCCCCCAGCACCACCUGCCCCAUACGCCUCACAUUAUGACCCACACUCUUCCCCCUCCUCCGCCGCUUAUCCUGCCUUCCUCCAGUCCCCCUCCCUCCCUUGUGGACAACACUCCUUCCUCUCAACCCCCCCACGGCCUGUCCAACACCCCCGGUGGGGUGCUGAAGAAAACCAGCUCUCCGGAGAUCAAGCUGAAGAUCAUAAAGACGUAUCAGAACGGGAAGGAGCUGUUUGAGUCCGCGCUGUGCGGAGACCUGCUGCAGGAACUGCAGAAGGAGUCUCAGAAGAACGAAGCCACUCCGAUGCAGCGCCGACACGAGCGGAAGAAGGAGAAGAGGAAAAAGAGCGCGCGGCUGCAGCUGCCGGUCCAGGAACAGGACCUGGACCCGAGCCAGGAGCAGGCACGGGAGGGCACCACGGAGCAGACGGAGGACCCCAACGUGCAGCCCCGGCAGACAGAGACGCCCCCGGCCCAGACGGAGAAGCCUCCCAAAACCGCGAUCAAAGUCGAACCUAAGACGGCGAAGGUUCCGAAGGUCCACCAUCCGUCAGUGAUCCAGGAGACAGGCUUCUGUAAGGAGUUUGUGAUAGGAGAUCUGGUGUGGUCCAAGGUGGGCACCUACCCCUGGUGGCCCUGCAUGGUCUCCUCUGACCCGCAGAUGAAGGUCCACACUCGCAUCAACACCAGAGGUCACAGGGAGUACCACGUCCAGUUCUUCGGCAGCGUAGCUGAGCGGGCGUGGAUCCACGAGAAGAGGAUAGUCCUCUACCAGGGGAAGCAGCAGUACGAGGACCUUCAGGCCGAGACUCUGCGCAGGGCCACCAACCCUGUGGAGAAACACAAACUCCUGAAGCCCAUCCCUCAGCGGGAGCGCUCUCAGUGGGAGGUGGGUGUGGGCCACGCCGAGGACGCCUUCGCCAUGUCGCGACAGGAGCGCAUUGACAACUACACCUUCAUCUACGUCGACCCAGACCCUAUCGAAGGCCCGUCCAGCAGGAAGCCCACCAUCCGCGCCGAGAAACGAAACCGGCGCUCCAGCGGCUCCGUCGGUAAGAAGGAGGAGGGCGGGGUUAAGUCGCCGGGGAAAGAGCAGCCGGCGCGGCAGCAGCCGCCACGCCGGCAGCUACCGCGCCGGCUGUGUAGCAUUUCGAACGCCGACGACGGCGCAAACGCCAAGGCCCCGCACGAAGAGAAGGACCAGAAGGGGGACUCCCCGAAGCCGGACGCCGGCGACACGCGGCAGGGUUCGCCGCCGCCUGUCAGGGCCUGGAAGACGGCGGCAGCCCGGAAGCUCCUGCCUCUCUCCAUCACCAUGAAGAGGCUGAACGUGGAGAUCACAAAGUGCGACUGGCCUCUCCUGCAGAAAAAAGCCGCUCUGUCUCCGAAAAAAGAGCAGGAUGAGGAGGAGGAAGAGGAGGAGGAGGAAGAAGAAGAGGAGGAAGAAAAGGAGGAGAGAGUUGCGAGGGAGGCCCGGCAGCCCGACCUGGGAUACUGCUCGCCCGAGGACGUCACAGCUAAACCUGAGCCCAGUCCGGAGGAGGAGGAGGAUGAGGAGGAGGAAGAGGACGGGGAGGAAGGGGAAGAAGAGGGAGAGGAGAGGAGAGAAUCCCCCGCCAGUCGGAGGAGUGAGGAAGGAGGAAUGCAGCAGACCUCCUCUCCGGGUUCCCACCACAGCAGUCCCCACGGUUCUCAGGAGAGGAAGCUGCAGCGGCGGUCCGUCCGGAGCAGGUCUGAGUCAGAAAGAGGCAACGACCCCAUCCCGAAGAAGAAAACCAAAAAAGAACAGGCUGACAUGGCUCCCGAGACCACGCUGAAGACCGGUUCACAGAAAGGAGCCAGUGAGAUCUCAGAUGCCUGCAAACCCCUGAAGAAGCGAAGCAGAGCGUCGACGGACGUGGAGAUGGCGUCUUCGCAGUACAGGGACACCUCUGACUCCGACUCCAGAGGCCUCAACGACCCACAGGGUUUAUUCGGGAAGAGCCUCGACAGUCCGGCGGCGGCCGACGCAGACGCCUCAGACACCCAAUCCGUGGACUCCGGCUUGUCUCGUCAGGACGGCAGCGCCGGCAAGAGAGACACCGUCUGCCAGAUCUGCGAGGUGUACGGAGAGGGCUUGCUGGUGUGCGAAGGCGACUGCGGCAGACAGUUCCACCUGGACUGUCUAAGCCUGACGGCCCCACCCGAGGGCAGGUUCACCUGCCUGGAAUGCAGGAACGGCAAUCAUACUUGUUUCAGCUGUAAAACGGCGGGCCGGGAGGUGACGCGCUGCUCUGUGUCUGGGUGCAGCUGCUACUACCACGAGGACUGCGUCCGCAAGCUCCCGGGGACAAGCGGAGGUUCGGACGGAGGCUUCUGCUGCCCUCAGCACAGCUGCUCUACCUGCUGCCUGGAGAGAGACCUGCAGCGGGCCAGUAAAGGUCGCCUGAUGCGCUGCAUUCGCUGUCCAGUGGCCUAUCACACGGGGGACAGCUGCGUGGCGGCGGGCAGCGUGGCGCUCACCCAUCACAUCAUGAUCUGCAGCAACCACGGCGGCGCCAAGCGGAACGGCCUCCUCACCUCCCCCAUCAACGUGGGCUGGUGCUUCCUGUGUGCCAGAGGACUGUUAGUGCAAGACCUUACUGACACCAUAUUAAGUUCAUAUGCCCAUAAGUCCCACUACCUUCUGACUGAGUCAAAUCGUGCUGAGUUGAAAUUACCUAUGAUUCCCUCUCCUUCGUCAGCUACCAAAAAGAAUGUUGGGAAAGGAGGCAAGUUGCUGUGCUGCGACACUUGUCCGGCUUCCUUCCACCCGGAGUGUCUGGAGAUGGAGACGCCGGCGGGGGCGUGGUCCUGCAGCGAUUGCAGGGCGGGGAAGAAACCGCACUACAAACAAAUUGUCUGGGUCAAACUGGGAAACUACAGGUGGUGGCCAGCGGAGAUCUGCAACCCUCGUCUGGUGCCGUCCAACAUUCAGAGCCUCCGCCACGACGUCGGCGACUUCCCCGUCUUCUUCUUCGGGUCCCACGACUACUACUGGAUCAACCAGGGCCGCGUCUUCCCCUACGUGGAGAACGACAAGAACUUUGUCACGGGUCAGAUCAACAUCAACAAAACUUUCAAGAAAGCGCUUGAAGAAGCGGCCCGGCGGUUUCAGGAGCUCAAGGCGCAGAGGGAGAGCAGGGAGGCUCUGGAGCAGGAACGCAACUCGCGUAAACCUCCGCCCUACAAAAUCAUCAAGUCCAACAAACCAGUGGGGAAGGUGCAGGUGCACGUCGCUGACUUGUCGGAAAUCCAACGAUGCAACUGCAGACCGACAGACGAGCACCCUUGCAGCCUCAACUCUCAGUGUCUCAAUCGCAUGCUGCAGUACGAGUGCCAUCCGCAGGUUUGUCCCGCAGGAGACAGCUGUGAGAACCAGUGUUUCUCCAAGCGGCUGUAUGCAGAGACGGAGGUGAUAAAGACAGACGGCCGCGGCUGGGGCCUCCAGACCAACCAGGCUCUCAGGAAGGGCGACUUUGUGACGGAGUACGUGGGGGAGGUGAUCGACGCGGAGGAGUGCCAGCAGCGGAUCAAACGCGCCCACGAGAAUCACGUGGCCGACUUCUACAUGCUCACCCUCACCAAGGACCGCGUGAUCGACGCCGGCCCCAAAGGGAACUCGUCUCGCUUCAUGAACCACAGCUGCCGACCCAACUGUGAAACCCAGAAGUGGACGGUCAACGGGGACGUUCGCAUCGGACUCUUCACCCUUUGCGACGUCGAGGCCGACACGGAGCUGACGUUCAACUACAACCUGCACUGCGUGGGCAACCGCAGGUCGUCCUGCCACUGCGGAUCCGACAACUGCUCCGGAUUCCUCGGGGUGCAGCCGACGAGUGCCGUGGUGAUGGAAAAGGAGGAGAAGGCCAGGAACGCCAAGCUGAAGCCCAAGAAGCGGAAGCUGCGGCCCGAGGGCAAGCAGACGCACGAGUACUUCUGCUUCUGCUGCGGAGAGGGCGGCGAGCUGGUGAUGUGCGACAGGAAGGACUGUCCCAAGGCGUACCACCUGCUGUGUCUCAACCUCACCAAGCCGCCAUACGGACGCUGGGAAUGUCCGUGGCACGACUGCAGCCUGUGCGGCGCCCCGGCCUCGUCCCUCUGUGACUUCUGCCCCAGCUCCUUCUGCCGGGAUCACGAGGCGGGGGCGCUCACCUCCUCCGCCCUCGAAGGCCGCCCCUGCUGCUCUGGCCACGACCCCGUCAGCCCCCUCGGCUCCCUCUCGGGCUCCGCCCAGCCGCGCCGAUCCUCCCUGAGCCCCGCCGCCGUCAAGGAGGAGCCGGAGCCGGCAGAGUGACGGCGCGGCUCCCCUCGAUACCUCAUUCCCCGUAAGGCCUCCUGGGCUCCGAUCCCGCUCUGACGAAAGGGAAUACAGUGUUUUUUUUUCUUAACCAGUGCCACGAAAAGACACCGACAAACACCUCGAUGCCGUUUGUCGCGGGAGCAGAGCAACCGGAGUGUUGUUUUUUCCCCUCCUCUCUCUUCCCCACAAACGCCACUAAUGCUCUGCUCCGACCAGAGCGCCACCUCAUCACCCUACUUUUUGGUUUUGUUUUUCUUCUGCAGCUGUGGAAAUCGCGUCGUCGCGUCGUCAGAUCCUGGAACAAUGUUUUGGGGGACAGUAGGAUGAGGUCGAGAUGACAAUCUCCGCUGCUCCUCCCCUCGUUGGCCUGCUGUAACGCGGCGGUCGGCAUUCCCCAUACAGGAUGGCACACGAGCCGACCUUCCUCCUCCUCCUCCUCGUCCUCCUCCACAGCCGAUUGUCGCUCCAGACGUGAUCGUAUUUGUCUCUUCUCAAAAGGGAGGAGGGGAAUGACCGAUUUUUGUGCAAUUCUUUUCAGGACCACACUACAUUCCAACCUUCCUUAGACAUGUUUUUUAAUAUACUUAUGAGUAUAGAUGAAUAUAAUUAUAUACAGUAUCUAUGUUUGUUAAUGUUUACAGACAGAUUCUCUCACUUCAUCUCAGUGAGUGGCGUAUUACGUUUGUUUGUUUCGGUGUGCAGACCUCCUUGUGAACAUAGUCCUACUAAGGCUAAAUAUAACGGUAUAUAGCGUAAUGGUCUGACAUUACAGAAGUACUUGUACGUGAUUUUUCAUAUUACCAGUCUCACUCGCCAUUGUGUACAUAAAUUGGCUCACGAUAUUGUAAAGUACGUGAAGAUCAGGAGGGCGGAGCCUUGCCUUUAUGUUCGUUAGGAAUCUCCUUUAUUUUCACUCCUUAAACAACGGGACAGAUCCCUUUUUAUUUGAUUUGCUUUUCUUUUCUCUUUUUUUUUUUCGGAUCAAGUUCUGUAUCAACCUUUCCUCCGAUUGCAAUUGUUGUUAUUUGUAUUGUAGAGCGGGGAGGGUCAUGUGAUCACUGGUGCUGUCUUAAAGUAUUGUUGAUCAGCCUUAAGUUGGAUUCUGGCUGUAGUGACUACUGCCCAGACGCAGUAUGUCUCAGUAACGUUGUGUACUGUGACUUCUUUUGAUUUCAUUUGAACUUUUAUUUGCCAAACUUUUCCUGAAAAGCACUUUUACACAGCUUGUCACUACACAAUUUAGUUAGAUCACACAAAUACAGAAAUGUGUAGUAAAAGAACAUUUGACAAGUGUUUCAAAAUGGAUACCUCUUCUUGUAGUAACGUCGGAAUUAUAACUGUGUUUAAACUCUUCUUUUUUUUCUCUUUUUUUUUUUGUUGAGAAAAGUGGCCGAAACAAGCUGCUUUCAUUUGGCACAAGUAGGAAUGACUGGCGGCCCGGCUCAGUGUGUCCUCGAGACGCACUUCUUCCUUUUCCACCAUGAGAACAUCCUCAGGGCCGGGCUUUAUGUACAGACGUGGUGGUACAACAACGGUCCUGUUCGGUUUGAUGUACAAAUACAAACUUAUGUACAGUGUUUUUAAUAGCUCAUCCGUCAAAUCCAAAUCUUUGUGUAUUUAUUGCACCACAUUUUAUACCAAUUUCUUUUUCAAACACUAGUGCAGUAAUUUGUCUCCCCUUCUCCACCAUGGUUGUCCCGCAGGAGACAAAAAUAGAACUAAAAAAAUAAAGAUUUAAAAAAUAAACACGGGGAGUUUUACACAAUAUAUCUGUAUUUAGUCAUUACACAAGUUUGUUUUCACAUUGGGUGUAAUGAUUCCACACUUUGGUGACAGCCGCUGCUCAUCCACCUGUAUCGUGACUCACUGUAAAUGGUGUAUUAAAGCAGUCCAACAUAGGAAUGUAAAGCUUCAGUUUCACAGCAGGUUUUGUGCAUUUUUGUUUGUUUCGAAGCCUGGAGUGAAGGAGGUUUAUCUGUUAUCACGCCCCGGCCCAUCGCUUGUGAUUCUACCACGGUCACAUGACUGUAUCUUUGUGCCCUUGAUGGCUAUCACUAUUUUCUUUCUUUUUUAAGCCUGUUGUCAAACUGCAGGGUAAAACUGUGCCAUUUUUUUCCCCAAAAAAAUUCCGGUUCAUUUGCGCUCUUUCCCAUUCAGUCGGUUGCCACUUUAAUAGGAACAAAUGCAUGUUGAAUGCAGACACGUCCUCCGGGGCCACGCUGCACAUACAUCGCUCUGCACACAGAAAGUGAAGCACUGAAGUAAAGAAAAAGCAGGACUUUAAUAUGCUAAAUAUAUGCACAUAAUGCAUAAAUUAUAAACGGGCACUUCAUCAUCGCCUAUCGUUCUUAAAUGUCUAUUUCACAGGAUUUCAUGUUUCAUUUGUGCACACUCUGCUCUUUGUUUGUCAUUCUGUCAUUACUGGCCUGCUUAGGAAUCUUUUUUUCUAUACUCGUGGAGUCCUGGAGAAAAUAGACUUGAUGAUUUAUUGCUGCUGUCUGAUUUGCCAAACUCUCCACAUUCAGUCACACAGACACAUUUAUGUGUUUUGUUGCAGUAAGAAUCAGGGGUUCAGUGUCAAGAAGGUGGAUCUUUACGUCACUUUUACCUACUAACUUGAAUUUUCUCCACUUCUUAAUUAUUUAUUGUAUCUCCUUUUUUCUCUCGCAUGUCAUUAACAGACCACCGGCUUUGUUUGUGGCUUCAUAAAACAUGUCCGACUUGUGAUUAUGGAGCUGCUCUUUUCUUGUCGAGGUGCCUGUUCAGAUGAAUGCAGAAUUCCAAACAACACACACUGGUCUAAUCCACUUCAGUUGGAAACUCCUGUUAAAAGCCUAUCGAGUUAUGUCUUUACUGUUCCUUUUUUUUUCUUGCACAGUUUGUGUGACAGCCUUUAUUUUAUCUUUUUUUUGUCCUCUCCUGCCCCUUCCAGCUGAUCCAGCAGCAGUAUUACGUCUGCCUCAUUUAAGUCUCCAAGCAUCGAUCAUUUCAUUCCCUUUAAAAUGUGUUUUUUUUAUGUAUACGUGUCUUUUUUAUCUCAUUUGUUAUUAAAGAGAAAGCAUGUUUGCUCAUUUAAGUGACCCUUAAAUAAGUGUCCGGGAUUAUUAUUCUUUUAUUUGUAUACACUUAAAUUUAGGAUGGAACCCCCGCUCCUCCCUCCCGCUGUAAGUUCACGGGUAUGUUUCCUUUCACUGUGACGUCUUUUGUCUUUGCAAUGUCGCUGGCUGUCUCCUUUGAUUGACAUGCCGUCCAAGCAGAAAUAGUGUUUGAAUACAUCAAUAAAUAAUUCACCUUCAUAAGCACUCAUCUCUUUUUACUUGUGGUAAAAUUACUUGCAGUAACUCUAACUGGGGUCAUAUCUAUCGCUCUUGGUGUUGCUUUCAAAACGUGGAUGAACACAAAAUACCAUGUUGAUUACUGUUGACCUGUGUUACUGCAUAUUGUCGAAGAACUUGUAAAUAGUUUGCAUUGAUCUGGCAUAGAAUCAUGUUACUGUGGCGUGCUCUUUAUUUUUUAUUUUUUUGCCUGUACAAUUCUGCUUCUAAAUGUGUGUGACUGUUGAGACGACACUCUUUUUGUACAUGACUGUCUUUAUUUGAGAAUAUUGAAUCUGUCCUUUUUCAUUCUAAAGUUAAGUUUGAAGAGUUCAGACAUGCCUGAAGUUUGACUUUAAUAAAGCUGUACUCUGUCUCAGUGAAAGGCUCUCGCUAUAUGGGAAUUAUUUUAACACAUUCAGCAAACUACUUUGAAAUAAAAUGUGUACUUUAUGAAAAAGUCACAUUACAGUAGAUUCAAUUUUGGAUAGUGGAAACGAACCAAUUAAUCAUUAUAGCUGUUAACGAUUAUAAAGUGCUACCUGUUAUAAAAAGUGAUCAUGUUAAGUGUUCUGGUAAUACAUGCAAUUUCAAAUCUAACACUGUGAAAUUAAAG